ACCGGCCACCCAGCGUCCCCGGUCCCAGCUGCCUGCCGACCUUGAGCGUGUGGGAUCAGGGCUGGGCGCCCACCUCUCCGAACGGCAGAGAGCCCGUCCCCAGCGUGGGGGUUGGCGGGACGGGCUAGCUGCCGUGGCGGGGCUGGGGCUUUCCCGAAUGGCGCGCCCAGGACGGCUCUUGCGGCUGGCUGUCCAAACUGGGCCCGCGUCCUGAAGUGACCCCAGCCUGAUCUCGGCCAGCUGCUUGUGACCUUGGCCUGUCCCAGCACCCUUGGUCACUUCGGUCUGAUCCCCGGCUCAGGAUCCAGGAACACCCUCUCCUGAGAGCGAAUCACGGUCUAGGGGCGCUGAGCGGAGAUCUUGCAGGCAGUGGCCUUGUCGUCGAAGUCUGGCCUUUCCCGAGGCCGGAAAGUGAUGCUGUCAGCGCUGGGCAUGCUGGCGGCAGGGGGUGCGGGGCUGGCCGUGGCUCUGCAUUCGGCUGUGAGUGCCAGUGACCUGGAGCUGCACCCCCCCAGCUAUCCGUGGUCUCACCGUGGCCUCCUCUCUUCCUUGGACCACACCAGCAUCCGGAGGGGUUUCCAGGUAUAUAAGCAGGUGUGCGCCUCCUGCCACAGCAUGGACUUCGUGGCCUACCGCCACCUGGUGGGCGUGUGCUACACGGAGGAUGAAGCUAAGGAGCUGGCUGCGGAGGUGGAGGUUCAAGACGGCCCCAAUGAAGAUGGGGAGAUGUUCAUGCGGCCAGGGAAGCUAUUCGACUAUUUCCCAAAACCAUACCCCAACAGUGAGGCUGCUCGAGCGGCCAACAACGGAGCAUUGCCCCCUGACCUCAGCUACAUCGUGCGAGCUAGGCAUGGUGGUGAGGACUACGUCUUCUCCCUGCUCACGGGCUACUGCGAGCCACCCACCGGGGUGUCACUGCGGGAAGGUCUCUACUUCAACCCCUACUUUCCUGGCCAGGCCAUUGCCAUGGCCCCUCCUAUCUACACAGAUGUCUUAGAGUUUGACGAUGGCACCCCAGCUACCAUGUCCCAGAUAGCCAAGGAUGUGUGCACCUUCCUGCGCUGGGCAUCUGAGCCAGAGCACGACCAUCGAAAACGCAUGGGGCUCAAGAUGUUGAUGAUGAUGGCUCUGCUGGUGCCCCUGGUCUACACCAUAAAGAGGCACAAGUGGUCAGUCCUGAAGAGUCGGAAGCUGGCAUAUCGGCCGCCCAAGUGACCCUGUCCAGUGUCUGCUUGCCAUCCUGCCAGAACAGGCCCUCAAGCCCAAGAGCCAUCCCAGGCCUGUUCAGGCCUCAGCUAAGCCUCUCUUCAUCUGGAAGAAGAGGCAAGGGGGCAGGAGACCAGGCUCUAGCUCUGGGCCCUCCUUCAGCCCCCAUCAUGGGAAUAAAUUAAUUUUCUCAAUGUA